UAGGACGGAAGGCAUACGUGUUUUACAUUUAGCAUGUAAGAAACAUUUGCAAUUUUUUACUGACCUAUAACUCUUUAACUAAUGAAGUGUUUUGUAACAGAUAUUCUCAGAAUGAAUCACAAGUGUCCGUACAGUCUCUGCUGCACAUGCCUUAGAAACUCGCAUGUCAACCCAAUUGUAUGCCAUACUUGCGGAAAGGAGAUUGAACCAUUCAUUGGUGACGGUGUUGGCGCCAUACUUGUCGCAGGAUAUGAUGAAUGUAAUACAUUUGUAGAAGAUAUUCGGCAGUUCGCAAUGAUUGCUACAUCCAGGGUGGUACCGUCAAUGUGUAUACGGGAAUCUAAUCUGAAAACGAUUAUUCCAAAUGAAAAGGACUCAUUGAUUGAAAUUAAAACAAGAAUACUGAAAGUACUGGAAGAACUUGUCAUGGGCUCCGGAAUUCACACGCUGCUUUUCUAUUAUUCGGGACAUAAUGAACGUGACAAACAUACACAAAAUAAUUGCCUUCAGAUAACCAAAAACUGUUCCUUUGACUUGUGUCUCUUAUCAGACAAUCUUCGUCAAUUAAUGAAAGGAAAUGCUGAAGUGAAGAUUAAGAAGACAAUCGUGUUUUUAGAUUGCUGUUAUCCGGAGUUAGUUGACAUGCCGACUGAUAAAGUUAUACAGAUUAAUGCAUGUGCGCAAAACACUGAGGCGGAUGCUAUAAAAGGAGAUGCAAGUUUUUUCACAAAAUGUGUAAUACAGGCUUUAACUAUGAAAACCAUGACAGCAACCGAAUAUAAAUGCUCUUUGUCAGAGUGCGAUUCCAGGUGUCUUAUCCACGAAGAUUACAUCUCAGUUGAACGUUUAGUGAAGUUUAUAAGUCAUCACGCAGACAACACGAAAAGCAAAAUACCAAUAAUCUCUCAAUUAAAGAAUGUUACUCCAAACGACGUAUAUUUAGCUUACAAUUAUCAUUUUCCAGUACAAUUUGAUUUUGAGAUUGAGAUGAAACAAUUUGGAGACACGUCGCAAUCAGAAUCCGUUUUCCAUGUGAAAGUGGGACUGCCGGACUGUUUGGAACUUGGUCGUUUAAAAACGCGCUUGUGGGAAGAGUAUUUAGGACGUCUUGCAAAAAUCACGAUCACACCAAAUGCGCGCGCAUUAGUGAACCCAGACAUGUUUUGCAUAGAAUGCAAGUCGGGACCAUCUAAACAGGAUGUUCAAGAAAUAGAACACAUAAACGACCUUCCAAGAAAACAGUUUUUGAAAUUUAAGCUUCGUGACAUGCAACGGAUAAAUAUUAAUAAACCUGUUGCAAUGUUGCUGAAGAAUGUCACCUUAAUUCCAGAACAGUAUCGAAAGACAAUAAUCGAUUUGGAUGAAACAGCUGCGAAAAUGGAGACAGAUAAAAAGGAACCCGUGUCAAAUUUGGCGAAACCGUCGAUUAUUCUUGAAGAAGACACGCAUAACGUAGAUGCAUUCUUCGAAAAGCAUGGCAAUUAUUAUGAGAGAUGUUUGAAUGAAUGGCUUUCAAUCAUUAAAAAGCACAUGAAAGAAAAUUCAAAGCUUCUCAAAGGACAUUUGGAAAUAAAGUGCGAAACCUUAGGCGACGAUGGUGCCGGCUUUGUAACGUUCGCAAUUGUAGAAGAAAUAUAAAACUUUCAACAGUAUUGAAUGGCUAAUGAACAUUAAAAAGAUAACUAUGGUUGAUAAAUUAGCAAACACAUAGUUCAUGAAAUAUGGAUCGUUUGUAGAGUAUAGUAUGUAUAAUUAUUGAAUGUGUAUGUAUGUAAACUAAUUGUGUUCUCGGGAAUAACCUUUCAACUUUAAUUGUUUUCUGUUAAAGUUUUGUACAAAGCUUAUGCUUAUAAACACAUACUUGAAAACGAUAUUAAAAUCGGAAUAAUGCAUUGGGCUCUAUACACAUAAUUGGUUGUUUAUGGAUUAAUGUUUGACCUUGUUUGUCCUUUAUUAUUACGUAAUAUACAUAACAUGUAAACGUGAACUUUAUAUUCUAAUAUAAGGAAUGUUGUCAAUUUGUUUUAUAUUAUUUACACUCUUUCUCUCAUACGGUAUGCAUUGUACGUAUCGUAGGAUAUUUAUGGUCUAAUUCCUCUUACAAAAAAUACUCUAACAUUCACAUGUUUAAUAUCUCAUUAACAUUCAUUUAUAAUCACAAUUAUUUUAUUGUUUUAACUGUUCGGUUACUCCUACUCGAACUAUUCCGCUAAAAAAUACGCGUCCAUUUACAGUGGUUGAAGAAAAAAAAAUACUUUUUUUGACACAUUUAAAGGGGCCUUUUCACAGAUUUUGGCAUGUUUUGAAGUUUGUCAUUAAAUGCUUUAUAUUGAUAAAUUUAAACAUUUGGUCUAAAACGGUCCAGUAAAACAAACAAGUUUACAAUAAAAGAACUGUGCUCGAACAAAUGACCCCUGGAGGAAAAGUCUAUUGCUUGUACCACUCGGCCAUACGUGCUCAUACAACGAGUGAUGAAUGUUAUACUUUAUAUAAUCAAUCGCCGUAGUAUCACAAAAUAUAACGACAAAAACAGAACUCUCCAAAUUAUUCAAUUGUUUCGCGUUGCAACACUUAAUAAUUUUCAGGUUUCAAAAGAUGCAUAUAAUGGAUAUUUUAGAGCAUGGUAAAUAUUCAGUAUUACUGUUUCCUGAAAAAUAUAUUAACUAAAGCGAAAAUGUGCGAAUUUGAAACAUGUUUUUUUAAUUUUGUCAAUUAACCAAAACGUGAAAAGGCCCCUUUAAUAACAAAAUACAACAGUAAACGCAACAUAAGGAUAGAUGUAUACACUUAAUUAAUUAAAACAUUAAACGGAUGAGAACAAAUCUUUAAAUAGAUAACAUUUUCUUAAUGAUCUUAAUUAUUAUUUUAUCAUUUUAUAACGCGAUUUCUACUUCAAAUACAGUUCCUUUUAUGAUUUGAAUACAAUUAUCAGACGUAAGUUUAGGUAUACACUGAACGUUAGUCGUAUGCGAUUCGAAUACAGUUUACUAGUUUAACUAUUAACUAUAUAUAUUAUGAGAAAUUGUAGCAAACAACCUGUUUCAAUAUAUUAUCUGUAAUUAUUUUGCGCCGUUUUAUAUGUACACACCAUAAACUUACACUAUUUUAAGCAACCCUAUAACAUGUGCAACAUUUUUUCAUUUUUAUAUUGACAUUCAAAUCGUCUAUAUAGUUUAGUUUAUAGUUUUUGAGUUGUUGUCUAUUUAAGGAUUAUAAGAAAUAGUAUAUAUCAUCCUCCAAGACAGUAGUUGACGAUUGUCUUCUUUUUAUAACAUCAACUUAUUUUCCUUUUCGUCUGUUGUUAUGUUCGUGAUUAAUAUGUGGUUUACAUAUAGUUCAUAUUAAUGUUAUUGUUUUUAAUAGUUUAUUUCAUUGAAACGGAAAGGUGAUUCACAUAUAUCUUCUGUGACAGCCAUAGUCAUUUUUCUUUAAAUAGCACUAGAAAUACAUAUUCCAUGUUUAUGACUUAAAGAUCUUGAUCUUUUUGGUAUAAAAAAUAUUUUCAAAUGAGUAAAAAUCAUUUAUUUUAAAGUCAAAUACAUGUUUAAUAAGGUUAUCCAUCUAUUAUACAAGCUAUCAAAAUAUAUAGUCGUGGGGAAUUAUGUUGUAUUUUUGAAUUGUUUCACACGAUACUUUUGUGAACUUGUAUUGGCUCUUCGUUAUCAAAUAUUCUUUUAUUUUUUCUCCAUGAUCCUUAAACAUGAUAGUAUGUUAUUUUUAUGAUUAUGUUCAUUUGUAAAUGUGAUUGCAGGAUUCAACUAUCCCUACACUCUUUCAAGAAUGUUAACAAUAUUAAGUUAAUGUUUCCUAUAUUCGCAGUAUCCAGGUAUUUAUUUUAAUCCAAUCCAGAUUUAAGAAUAUUCAGAAACGCAUCUAUGCCAUGUUUUUUAGUCCAUCAUCUUCAUAGUCUUCGUUAAUACACUUCGUAUUAUUUAACCUGGUUAACCAUCCCAUAAGAACGCAUAUAUUGAGUUCGUGUAUUUGUGUAAAUUCAUGUUCUGGUGGAUUUUUUAAAACUGAUAAUAAGUAAUUCAUGUUUGGCAGUGCGAAAGUUUUAAGCACUUUCACUUUUCCAACCAGUGUAAGUUUACUAUGUUGCCAUUUGUUUUUGCAGUUAAACAAAUAUUGAAUGUUAUUGUAAUGUUUUUUUCGUUAAGUUCGUAACAUUUGUUUAUGGAAAAUUAUACCUUACGUCUUGUUAAGAAGUCCAGAUGAAGGAUGCAUAACUACAUUUUUGUUAGAGAACCUCUUCGAUGAUUUGUUCACUAUGUGGUCUAUAACUUCAAAAGGAACGUUCAUUUCCUCCCAUAUAUCGAUUUUCCAUGAAACCUGUGUGAGCAUAUUUAAUGAUUGAAGAAAGAACCUUUUUUAUAAAGAUAAUUUAGCGAGUGUAUAGUCCAAUUUAAACAAUGUUAUAGGCAGCCAGUUUUCCAGAUUUGUUCCCGGCUUUUGCAGCAAAGAUAUACUCCCUUGUCUUUUAUACAUAAUAAUCCAUUGUCAAAAGACAAGUUUAAUGAGUCGAAUAGAUAUGUGUUGAUGUCGCUCCAAAAGACAAUAAGACUCAACUUAUUUCAUCUGAACCUGUCAUCUGUUUUGUUUUACAUUUCUUUAAAGUCUAAUAAACAUUUCUAUUAUGUUAAUUUUCCUUAACAUGACAAUCUUUUUUCAUUUGAUAAGUAUUUAUUAUCGACUUGGAAAACAUAGUUUUUAAGGUUUGGGUUAGGCUCGAACAGUCUUACAUUUUUUUUACUGGAAUAAAAAUGCAUUUCUGUUGUAUUUCUGAUUUGUUUUUGAUAAUUUGUUCCGCCAACUUUGAGUGUAUUUAUUAUCUUUUUUAGCCCUGGCUUUUUAAAGCUUAGACAAUUAGUGGAGUUGUUUUGAUUAUUUUUAACGUGCUGCGCUUAAGAUCGUAUGACAAUUGCUACAAUUGUAAAAUCUUUUGUAUUUUAUUUUAUAAUAAGACAUAGAUCAAAAUUAAAAUGCGUUAUUUAUGGAUAAAAUUAAACUUAUUUUGCU